AGAAGCCACUUUCGAGCCGGGCAGGGCCCGGCGCCGGCAGUAUCAUGGCGGCGCCGCUGCGAGACCGGUUGAGUUUCCUGGGCCGGCUGCCGGUGCUGCUGAGGGGAACGGCCGACGACGACGUCCCCUGCCCCGGGUACCUGCUGGAGGAGAUCGCCAAGAUCUCCCACGAGUCGCCUGGCAGCAGCCAGUGCCUGCUGGAGUAUCUCCUCAACCGGCUGCAGAGCAGCUCCUGCCGCGUCAAGCUGAAGGUGCUGAAGAUCCUGCUGCACACGUGCGCCCAGGGCUCCCCGCAGUUCGUCCUGCAGCUGAAGAGGAACGCCUGCUUCAUACGGGAGGCAACAGUGUUUUCUGGGCCCCCAGACCCCCUCCAUGGCAACAGCUUGAACCAGAAGGUGCGGGCGGCCGCAGAGGAUUUGGCCAGUGUUCUCUUUUCGGAUGCGCCGCUCCCCCAGCCUGCCGUGCUUUCUGCCCGUCCCCUGCCUCCCACGGGCAUGGGCUCCAGCCCCAGCCCUUGUGGCUCCUUGCAAGGAUUUGGCUUCAGCGGUGAGAAAAGCGGCUCUGCUUCGACGGGGGAAGCCCUGCUCAGCACCAUCCAGCGAGCAGCCGAAGCGGUGGCCCACGCUGUGCUCCCCUCCCCGGAGGGGCCCCGGCCUCGCCGCAGGGAGCUCCACGAGGAUGCCUACCAGCCCGUGAGAGCCCCCUCUCCCACCAGGAGCCCAGCUGGGGCUGUGAAGCCACCCGUGGCCACCGCAGCACACAGCACCCGAGUGAGCCACCAGCCGGGGCUGGCCGGAGGCGGCUGGGAGGAGGCAGACAGUGGACACAGCUCCCAGGACUCCUCGCAGGGGAACGGCGAGUUGAGCCGUGCCUCGGACUCCUGCAGCAAAUCGGGCAGCGACAGCCACUCCGGGGCCAGCCGGGAGCUGACCCACGUGGCCGAGAGGGUGGACGCUGACAGCCUGGGCGACUGCGUGCGAGAGGUGAGCCUGGUGUCGGCGCUGACCCGCGGUGCCAGGGUCUUCCUCACCAGGGAGGAAGCACAGCACUUCGUCAAGGAGUGCGGGCUGCUGAACUGCGAGGUGGUGCUGGAGCUGCUCAGCCGGGCGCUGGAGGACCCCAGUGACAGCAUCCGCAUGAGAUCCAUGUGCGCCAUCUCCUCCCUCAUGUGCUCCGACCUGCUCUCCCUGGACCAGAUCUUUGCCAUGACUCGGCAGCAGCUGCAGCAGCUCAGCCAAGGCAGCCCCGGUCCCGUCGCCAACCGAGCAACAAAGAUCCUGCGGCAGUUUGAGGCGCUCUGCAGAGGCCAGCCCUCCCCGAAGAGUGCCCGCCCGCACUCGGACCCCUCCGCCCUCGCCGUGGACUCAGCCCCGUGCACUGGGGACCUGCUGACGGACGUCCUGCCCCUGGCAGGCGAGAGCAUCCUCACCCCCCUGAGCACAGCCCCGCUCCCUAUGGCCAUGCCGGCCCGCAGUGAGGAGCAAGGGGUGGAAGCGGAGACUCAUGGGCAACCCGGUGCUGCAGUGCCAGCCUGUCCCUGCGAGCAGGAGGUGGUGAGCAGGCUGGCAGCGGACACGGUGCCCUCCUGCAGCCUGUCCCUCUUCGCCGGCAUGGAGCUGGUGGCCCGUCCCGGCGCGAUGCUCUGCCCGGACUCUCUGCCGGCGGAGCCGCGGACACUGUCCCAGCCCCAGGACAGGCAGACGGACACAGAGGGCAGCCUGCAGCCAUCGGCCUUCGCCUUCCUCAACAUGUAGCUGCUGUUGGGCUCCCGGGGGGCUGUGGGGGCUUUGCCCUCCCUCCCUGUGGGGCCUGUCGUGCCAUGGCCCCCCGGGGGCUCCUCCAUCGCCCUGUGCCAGGCUCGGUGGGGAUGGGGACCCCAGUAUCCCCCAAGUUCCCACACGGCACCCUGGGGAAAAGCAGGGGUGAGGGAAAGGGGGCUGCCAAGGGGACACAGGGUGUGAAAUGGCCGUGGGUGCCAGGGCUUUAAUAAGAUUAUAACGUCCCUCUCAUUGUCUUUGUUGCCAAAAGCGGGGCUGGCACCCCUCGCUCAGCUGGGCUGUGAGGGGGAGUCGGGCCGAGAUCUGCCAGUGCCGGCCGGGGCUGAGCUGGGAGGUGGGCUGGGGAGUCCGGCCCGGCCAGGGGAUGGUCCUGGGUGACCCACCGCCUCCAGCCUCCCCCCACUUGGUGACUGGGGGGCUGCUGCGGGAGAAGGCGCCGUCCCUGUGGGGCCGGGACCCAUCAAUAAACCCCACGCUCGGGUCUGGGAACUUGCGACUUCUUCCUGCGCCGUU